UAACUUGUGUAUUUGGUAGGUUGCUUCCCGAUUUGUAGUGAGAGUGUGUGUGUGAGUGGAUCCGUGGCAUGUCUUCAAAGAUGCGCAAGUCUUCGCAUCUGUUUGUCAAGGAAUGGGAAGACGAUUACAAAACUAGGCUGUUGGAAAGUCGGAAGAAAAAGCACGAUGUUCGCCAACUUGCCACCGAAUGCAACGAACUAGCUGCUCUUCAUGUCAAAGUCCAGGAGCAAUCCGCUCGCAACUUAGAAGUAAAAUUAGAGGAACGAUUGCAUGAACUUGAGUUCUGGAGACAGGAGCUCGAUGUUGCUGUGGAACAGUUGCAACUUGGGACCAAAGUUCUGGAAGAUGUUAUUCCAAUGCUUUUUGCCGAAGUUCGGAAAUGCGAGGAUCAACGCGCCCUUGCUUUAUACCGUCAGAAACUGAGAUCAGAGAGACCUACCACAGAGAAUGUUCUUGAUGACCCAAGAUCUGCCUUGAUGGUUGAAUUUGAUCUUGCGGAUGCUGAAGUACGCAAUUUGAAGUUCGCAGUUUCUGAGUCGCAGGAGAAAAUCAGGAUGGGUAAGAAACUUGCCUACCUUGUUGACAAACUGCUUGCAACGAGACAAGAAACUGAAAAUGUGGACAAGCUUUGCAAAGAACUGCGUACAGAUUCCUCUGCUCUGGCUGCCUUGAACUCUCACGGAGAAUUCGAAUCGUUGCUCUCGACAAGAUCGUGGAUAGUGUGGAACCAAUCUCUGGCAGAAGCUGCCAAAAGACAUGCUCAGCUUUUGAGAUUGAUGAAAGACCACUGGUUGGCAGAAAUUGCGAGAAUUGGGGAAGCUCGUCGAUCUGCGCUACGUGACACUGAGCUGUUUCUUGAUGCCAGAAUUAAGGAGAUUCGUGUUGCCAAAGAUCAGAUUAUGACGGAGCAUUCCCAGUUGGUUGGAGAAGUGACCAGAGCCGAGCAUGGCGCUGAAACCCUGAGGAAGUCCCUGGUGGAUCUCGAGAAGAUGAAGAAGCUUACUGUUGGUCGUUUAGCACUGCGAUCCCAUCGUCCGAGACAUGAACUCACUCACGAUGGCGUCCUUGAUGCACUCAAAAUUGAGCUGCUCCAAGUGAACUCCCUCAUUGCCAAAGAGCAAGAACUGCUUGCCAAACACGAGCGAAAACUGUCGGGACUCCGUCAAGAGAUUCAACUCCUGGAGGAACAGGUCAGAGACAAGGGAGACGCCUUGGCCAUUGAGGAGAGUGUCGUAUUUUUCACAUUUAAUCUUUUGAAGUCGAGCGCGUGUCAGCCAUUGAUGAAUUUCCAUGCGGUUGAGGCCAGCAAGGUCGAAGUACAAUCAAAACUGAUCAGUCAGGUGAUUUUCAUUCCUGGAUUGAAGCCAAGGAAUGUAUUUCCGGUUGCUACCAUGAAGGAUCUGAAGAGCAUUUCCUCAUUCCUUCAAAAAAUCACCGUGAAAAAUAUUUCCGUGGAAUCGCAGAAGGUCAGCAGAUGGUUGACCAUCGACAUCCGUGAAAUCGUCGUCAACUGCGGCGGGAUCAUCAGACUGUCGAACUUCCAAAAUGCGUUUUUCCGUCGGUUUGGAAAAUACGUCAACGUGAAGCAUGAGGGUUUCCAGAACCUUGAAAUGCUGAUUGAAGCCAUUCCCGAUUUAACGGUCUACAAAGACGUGAUUUACAUCAUCAGUGUUGGAGCUGCUCCUGAGGCUAAAAAACGGUGUAGAAGGCAUCAACAGCAACCAUCAAAAGGAGAAAUUGAAAACGGUGGUUUCUUUUUAAAUAAGGAAGCCGAGGAAGAUAUCGAUUUAGUCAUCAAACGAUUAACGGAGAUUAUCAAGGUCGGUGUGCUGUUGACUGAGCGGCAAGUUGCCAACCGGUAUUUCAAGCUGUACAAGUCUACUGUUCCUGGAGACUUCGUGGGUCUACUUCCUGCGCAAGUUGGGUCUUGUCGGGCCAGUGCUAACCCGAAAAAUUGGAUUGUUGACUAUGUGAAGAUGACCGAGGAAAGUUUCGCUUACGGUUCGGUGUCCCGCGAGGGAACGACAGCAGAUCCGGAAAAGCCGCCGGAAGAGAUCAGCGAUGAAUCGAUUGUCGUUAAAAUCGAAGCGAUUCGUCAACAUCGAGGCCACGUCCGAACCGGGAGCUCUGUGGAGGAUCACCCGCCGUUGUACGCCAAAGACAGCGCUUACUUGAUUUCUGAACGGAGCCCGAGUCGACAACGUCAGCUUCUGGCAGAGAACUGCAAUCUCGUCAUCGUCGCAGUCACGCUUUGCUUUUUGGGAGUCGGACUGGUGGUGACGGGAAUCUUCGUGGAAUCGCUGUCAUUGGAGCACCUGAGAAGCUUUGUAUUCUACAUCGCAGGUGCGAUUUGCCUCAUCCCGGGUGUUUACCACAUGGUCUACAUCUUCUGCGCACUUCGCGGCAAACAAGGCUACAACCUCGCUAACCUCCCAGUUUUCAACUGGACCUGAAGACACCAAUUUUUGUUGUUGGACGCGAUGUUUCGCACUUAGUCAUUUUUAUUUUUAUUUUUGCGCUAUUGCAAUAUGCAGCUCAUCGAAAUACUGUAUUCUCCUUCCCAAUGAUUUUUAAAAUCUAAUUUCUGGACACACGAUUUCUUAUCGGUGCCGCUUCAGUGUGUCAGGUGUGAAAAACUGUUCAUAUGUUUACGAAUGACUACUUAAUCCGCUACAAGAACCAACAUAUAACUCAAAUUACUCCAGUACUGUAUUCAUGGCCCGAGUCCCGGGAAAUUUUAUUUUAGAAUUUAUCGACCUAUUCUUGUGAAAAAUAUCGUUUCCGUGUAUUUCCCUCGAAUGCAGAUUCAAGUCUGAAUUUCUUGUAAUGCUGUGUCUGCUUUUAUGUGUUGGGCUGAAGCAGUGCAGCCAAACUCAUAUGUGGCCAAGGGCCACAUCAAUACAUUUUUUGUGGCAAAGGGCCAUAUUGCAGAGGUCCCUGCAGGCCCCGUAGCCAAUAAUGUUUGAGUUUCCAAAUUUUCCCCCUUGAAAAUGAAAAGUUUCAAAUGCAUUAUUCUGCUGUGCAUUGAAUUCCAAGCAUAGCCUCAUGGAAGUUUUGAAGGGCGAGCAGCAUACUGCAUUCUAAAAUUAAUAUUUGAAUGCAAAUUUUGCCUGCCAACUUUCUUGAAAAUUAUAGGGCGCGUGACAGAUGAAGUGUCUCUCCGGGCCGGCCGUAUGUGAGCAGCGCUGUGCUGAAGUAACGUUCAACCCUAAAAUAAUUUAAACUAGGAAACAUUCCUCUUUUCGCACAAUUCCCUGAGCGUGUUGAAUGAGUGUUUCAUUUGAGAAACUGUUAUGCCACCCAAAAGAAGUCUCUCUGUCCCUGGAAUUUCUGAAUAUAUUAUUUCUUUACUGCUGCUACUUCGGUCAGGAUAUGAAGCCUUUCUAUGGCGAAAGAUGACAAAUUUUUAAGCCACAGAAAAAAGGCUGAAGGCAGAUUUUGCAGUAGAGGACUUAUUCAGUGCACAAGGGAAUUGCGUGACACACUGAACCUGCACAGUUUUCUGUUAGAUGAAUCUGACCUUUUUUUGUUGCAGAUUUGGUACUUCUUUUUUUAAGAAUGCAUUAGUGACAGACUGAAGCUGAAAUGCUACAAUGAUGUAUUUUAAUGAAAAUCCGUUGGAUUUCACUAAAUUUCGGCGAUUUCCUGAGCGCUCAGAGAGGGAUUGGAGAUGUUCAGAUAUCGUGGUGAACGAGUAAAACUUGGAAAGCAUCCGGUUGUUCAGGCGAAGGUCCUUUUGAAUCUGUCGGAAAUUUGGGUCAGCUGCAGAUGCAAUAGCUUUUUUUUUUGUUACUAAUCGGCACACAGUCGAUAUGUGAUUUUCGGAAUACGAAGAUUCAUUCCUGGAUGGUGUGUGCACUGCACUGUGCGACGGAGCCAGAUAAGCCGAUGUGAGGAUUAUGUGUCGCUUUUGUGGGUUGUGGCCUCUGUCCUACGUUUUUGUAACUUGAGUUGUGGGCAUUUUACUCCAGCGAGUGAAAAGAAUAUAUUUGUGUUUUGUGGAUCACGAAAA